GAAUUGAGUUGAGGUUCCAGAACUUCAGUCUGGAGCAGGACUAUGACUACGUGUCCCUGUACGAUGGUCCCACCACCAACUCCCCUCUACUGGGCAGGUUCACUGGACAGACACUUCCUCCUGUGCUGUAUUCACAGUCCAAUGAAGUCGUCAUUACAUUGACAACUGACAGUUCAGUGAAGGAUGAUGGGUUUGCACUUCAGUAUGAAGCAUUUCUUGCACGAGACUGUGUCACACCACCGGCGCUGCAAAAUGGUCACAUUAUUGGGACCAGCUAUGCGACAGGCUCGGUGAUUCGGUAUGAGUGUGAUGAGGGUUUCAUCGUGAGUGGCCCGCCUGUUCUUACCUGUCAGCAGGACACCCUGACAUGGAGUAACCCUUUCCCCACUUGUGACGCUCCAUGUGGUGCCAACUACACAGCCCUUUCGGGCACCAUCCUGAGCCCAGGCUACCCUGGGUCAUAUGGUAACCAGCGGGACUGUCGCUGGCUGAUCAUGCUGCCACAGGGCAUGGCUGUACAGUUCAGCUUUGACCUGUUUGAUGUGGAGGAUGGGUAUGACUAUCUCACCUUCAGAGAGGGCCUUACUACAUCCUUACCUGUCACAGUCCAGCUGACUGGUGUUCAAGCAAAUGACACCUACAUUCCCUCCAAUAAUGUGCUGGUACAGCUCACCUCGGACUACUCAGUUGACGGCAAGUUCAUGAUGCGCUACACAGGUGUUGCUUCCCGGAGCUGCCCGACACUACCAGAUGUACCAAACUCUGUGCGGAUAGGAGAUGGCAGUGCUAUCGGGGAUGUGGUGAGAUAUGUGUGCAACCGUGGGUUCACCAUUACGGGGGCUUCCACCCUGACCUGCAGGGGUGGUAACAUCACAGCCUGGGACAACAGCCCACCAACAUGUACAGUGUUGUGCACAACUAAUGACGACCGUUCAGAUGGCAGCGGUGUGAUCCUGAGUCCAGGCUACCCUAAUAACUACCCCAUCAAUACCAUCUGUGGCUGGACACUGCAUGGGUGUAAUGGACACCCUGUCACUUUAUUUUUUGAGUCUUUCCAGUCAGAGGCCAGAUAUGACAAACUUGAAGUAUUUGAUGGAACGACUGAUGCAGGCACUGCAGCUGUGACCUACACUGGACGCCCCAAUCCUGUAGCCAACUACACCAGUCCAGGGGCAGUCAUCUUCCUCAAAUGGACCAGCGAUUCUUCCAUUACAGAUUCAGGCUUUGUACUUAUCUACCGAUCAUCCUGUUGCAAUGACCCAGGAAUACCAGACAAUGGCAACAGACAAGGAAACAGUUUUAACCCCAAUGACAGAGUGACAUUCAGUUGUAAUGCUGGGUAUACCCUGGUGGGACAAGCCACCGCCACUUGUCAGCUGAUGGGAAACUAUGCAUAUGAGUGGACCAGCCCUGCACCUAUCUGCCAAGCCACCUCCUGUGGCAUGCCCCGAGCCCCUGCCAAUGGAAUCAUUGAUGGGAAUGACUUUACCAUUGGCUCUACUGUGACUUACAAGUGCAACCUGGGAUAUCGUCUGCCAGCCUCUGCUGUCAUGCAGAUCACCUGUGGUGCCAAUGGGUGGAGCAGCAACAACCCACCAGCCUGUCAAAUCAGCACAUGUCCACGCCCAGCCUCUGUUGCCCACAGCACAAUGACACCGUCCCAGUCUACAUACAAUUAUGGGGACAGAGUUGACUAUGGGUGUGCUGCAGGCUACCAUCCUGUUGGCUUACAUGUGCUGACAUGUUUGGCAGACCAGACCUGGGACAACCCCCCUCCCACCUGUGAAGUUAACAGAUGUGCCCAGCUGCCAAUCCCCCCCAAUGGUGGAUACAGAUAUGUUGCUGGGGCAAAUGCUACUUACAACUCUGUCAUACAGUACACUUGCAAUGCUGGAUACAACAUACAGGGGUCACAACAGCGCCAGUGCCAAGCCGAUGGCACAUGGAGUGGUACUGAUGUGCAGUGUGUAGCGGAGGGAUGUAGAGAUCCAGGAAUUCCCACGAAUGGAAAUCGUCAAGGCAACAGCUUCACCUACGGAUCCACAGUGAUUUACAGCUGUAACGAGGGCUUCAGACUGGUUGGCAGCUCCUACCUCACCUGUCAAUCAAACCGUGAAUGGAAUGGCGAAAUGCCUGUCUGCAUCCCAAUAACAUGUGGGGAUCCAGGUGUUCCAUACUACGGUGACAGGGAUGGUGAUAGCUUCAACUACGGCAAUAUCCUUAACUUUACCUGCAAUGAUGGGUACAUCCUACAGGGGGCACCUAUCAUACGAUGUGAGCAGAAUGGAUUAUGGAGCAACCCUAUCCCAACCUGUACAGCUGUUGACUGUGGUGACCCAGGAACAAUAGAACAUGGUCACAGUGUGGCUCAAGCUGGAACGACCUACGGUGUGACUAUAGAGUACUUCUGUGACAAUGGAUACUUCAUCUAUGGCUCUUCCUCCAUACGUUGUCAGACUAAUGGCCAGUGGGAUGGCACCAAGCCAGAAUGUCGCAUUGUUGACUGUGGGGACCCUGGCACAUCACCCAAUACUAACAAGGGAGGAGACACAACUACAACAUUUGGGUCGACUGUCACAUACAUCUGCACAUCAGGACACACUAUCGUUAGUGGUGACACGAGUCGUACAUGCCAGGCAGAUGGAACAUGGAGUGGCUCAGCUCUCCACUGCUCUGGGUCUACAACCACUUGUGGUGAUAUUGGGGACCCACCCCAUGGGCGAUUUGUGCCCAAGAAGAGCACAUACAACCCCAAUGACCAGAUCACAUUCAGCUGUGACACAGGAUACAACCUACAGGGCAGCCAGUCUCUCACAUGCCAGUCUGGUGGAGCUUGGAGCAGCACCAGACCUGACUGUAUAAUCCAGAGCUGCGGUGACCCAGGUCGCCCUUCCAAUGGGAACUACAACUCCACAGGGUUCACCUACAGUAGUACUGUCCUGUUUAGCUGUAACCCUGGCUACAUGUUGACUGGCACCCCAUCCAAGUACUGCACAGCAACAGGAGAGUGGAAACCAGAUGGCUCCCCCAUAUGCAUGGUUGUAAACUGUGGAGAUCCUGGUAUUCCUGCCAAUGGUGUGAUCACAGGCAGUGAGUUCACAUACGGGCACUUUGUCACCUACACCUGUAUCACUGGACACAGUCUGAUUGGUCAGGCUAACCGCACCUGCCAGGCCAAUGGACAGUGGAGCAACAGUCUGCCUGCUUGUCAGGUUGUUAACUGUGGAGCCCCACCACCUGUCCCAUACAGCACUGUGGAAGGCAAUAGCUACACGUUUGGCAGCAGUGUCUCAUACAACUGUUCCACAGGAUACAGGCUGAUUGGUCCUAACGUACUUACAUGUAGAGCUAAUGGAUAUUGGGGAAGCAACCUGCUGGGGACAACGCAAUGUGUCCCUGUAUCUUGUGGCGACCCUGGUGUCCCGGCUAAUGGCCAACGACAGGGGAGCCGCUUCACCUUCGGAAGCAGAGUGACCUUCACUUGUGACGAAGGGUACAUCCUGAUUGGAACCAAUCAGCAGCAGUGCAUGGCUGACGGAAGAUGGAGUCCAUCCUCUUUACCUGUCUGUCAAACUGCCACUCAGCAGUCCUGCCGUGACCCCGGAUCACCAGAUCAUGGCAGCCGAAACGCCACCAGCUUCCUCCCUGGAGCUAUCGUCCGUUUCCACUGCCAGGACGGCUACCACAUCCUGGGCCCCACCAGUCUGAUCUGUGACCCAGCCACGCUGAGCUGGAAUGGCCAGCCACCAACCUGCGUCCCCCACAACUGCGUGGAGCUGGAGGCUCCAGACCAUGCAAACAUUGUUUCAGUGAGCGACCUGCAAGGUCAGGGGUACACAACUAUCUUCACCUGUCAGCGUGGAUAUACACAGACCAGCGGAGACACGAUCAGGGUCUGUCAGGACAACGGACAGUGGAGUGGGAAACCUAUUGUCUGUGAAGUGGGAAGUAAGCCUAGUGAGAAGCCACCUACUGUCCUCUAUCCAACCACGCCUGAACCCAAGCCCACUGUGCCUGUGCAAGCCUUUGUAGAGGAGCAGAUCUGGACUGGUUUUUAUGAAUACAAAGGCAGGAAGCACCCCUGUACGCUCACCAUCACAGCUGUGCUGCAGAGCUCCUUUACCAUUAUCGGAGACUUUGAUGAUGGCUCUUCCUCCUUCACUCUUUUAGGAACCUACAAGCCAGCAGAGAACGCUCUGACCCUUCUUGGUUCAGACCUCACACUGGCUGAUCCAAGUAACUUCAUGGGACUUACCAGAGUAACAUUUGAUGGAUAUUUGUACUACAUUGCAGGAGGCUUAAUGUACAGUGGAGAUAUCCUGGCAACUGACUUUGGGAGCUUUGAUCUCCAAAUCUCAAGUUCAGAGAUUCCCAAUUCAAAGCCCCAGUCAGGUAAGGGUCUGAGUGGAGGUUCCAUAGCUGCUGCUGUGUUGGUGCCCAUCCUCUGUCUGGCUGUACUUGCCCUGGGAGUUUAUGCCUGGCACCUCAAGCGUACUGGCCAGAGGUUCAGCUUCUUCAGCCGUUAUGGGGAGGGAGACGAUGAUGCUUCAUUUGAAAAUCCAUGUUACAACACAGCUGAAGGGGUGUCAGUGAAUGUGGCAGGACAGGACUAAUCAAGAAUGAAGAAGUUGCUAUGUGUGGACCCUAGUCUAGUCAACCUGUGAUGGAUUACAGUUAAAGGUGUAUCUGAUGGAUGUUUCACUUUAUUCUCUUUUUCAUCCUACAAGAUUGGCUAUGGAUGUUUAAUGUUCAUAUAUUAAAAUAUGUCAGUCUUCACUUUUAUUAUAUAGCUGGGGAAAAUUUUCCACUGUUUCUACAGCAAAAUCAUUCAAGAAACAUAGGUGAUAAUGUUUAACUCUACUACAUUUUGACUUAAAUGUGUGUGUGGGGGAGAUGUUAUAGAAAUUAAGGAAUGUACAAAUUUUUGACACUAAGUAUGCUGCUCUUUGAAAUGAGAUUAAGUAAUAUUGUAGAAAAGUGUAAACAACUGUUGAUUGUUGCAUUAUCAAAGGAAUAACCUCUGAAAGAAAUAAUACAGGGCGUACUUAGCAAGCUUUUUACCUAGGUCAUUAAAAACGAUGAACUGAUUGCUAAUGUUGUAUAUUUUAUCAGAUCAUAAGUACUUUUGUUUGCUUUAAAAAAAUCAAUGCAAGGCAUGGUUCUUGCCAUUGUGUGUUGUUCAGGCUUUAGUUGUAGCUUUAUUACCUUCAUCUGCCAAGAAUAUAAGUCAGUUUGCAUGCAAAACCCAAAAUCUUCUCUUUUGCUUUAGAAAUGGAGAGACUUCUUCUGUAGUUUUUUUUCACUUAUUGAUUUAUAAAUGCUACUUUCAUCAUACAUUUAUACAUACAUACAAAUCUGGGCUUUGAUUAUUUGCUACUUCAUAGCCUCACUCAAAUCUUCCUUCAUACUUUCACAGCCCAUGUUUGUUGUUAAGGAAUAGACACUGAGGUGUUCAAAACUCAUUUUUCCAUAGAAAUAUCGUAGAAUGGAACUUGCUGCCACCAAGUACAGGUCGCUCAUUGUAAUAUAGUUAGCUGCUAUCACGCCGCGUGCCUUCAAAGCUGGUGUGUUACGCUGGAGGGUAGUUAUACCGGCUAUACAGAUAGAAAUACAGAUAUAGUGUAAAAUAUAUCUGUAUCAAGGAAACAUGCCUGUAGCAUAUCACAAAAGUACAAAUUGCAAUGGACAAUAAAAUGAUGAUGCACGA